AUGAUUGUGCUCGGCUGGAUGCUUUUUGUUGGCUUUGCAUGUUACAUGGGCACAUUUCCGGAGUUCAUGCCUCCAACUCUGAGGUGGAAAGACAGGUGGCCUGUUAAAGAGGGCAAGGCUCGACGGAGCAGCCAGCCUUUGGAUGAAGAUCUACAACUGUGA